AUGGGGUUUUACCAUGUUGGCCAGGCUGCUUUUGAACUCCUGACCUCAAGCUUCAUCCUGGUGGGCUUCUCUGAUCGUCCCCACCUAGAGCUGAUCCUCUUUGUGGUUGUCCUCAUCUUUUAUCUGCUGACUCUUCUUGGCAACAUGACCAUUGUCUUGCUUUCAGCUCUGGAUUCCCAGCUGCACACACCAAUGUAUUUCUUUUUGGCAAACCUCUCAUUCCUGGACAUGUAUUUCACCACAGGUUCCAUCCCUCAGAUGCUCUACAACCUUUGGGGUCCAGAUAAGACCAUCAGCUAUGUGGGUUGUGCCAUCCAGCUGUACUUUGUCCUGGCCCUGGGAGGGGUGGAGUGUGGCCUCCUGGCUGUCAUGGCAUAUGACCGCUAUGCUGCAGUCUGCAAACCCCUGCACUACACCAUCAUCAUGCACCCACGUCUCUGUGGACAGCUGGCUUCAGUGGCAUGGCUGAGUGGCUUUGGCAAUUCUCUCAUAAUGGCACCCCAGACUUUGAUGCUACCCCGCUGUGGGCACAGACGGGUUGACCACUUUCUUUGUGAAAUGCCAGCACUAAUUGGUAUGGCCUGUGUAGACACCAUGAUGCUUGAGGCACUGGCUUUUGCCCUGGCAGUCUUUAUCAUCCUGGCACCACUCAUCCUCAUUCUCAUUUCUUAUGGUUACAUUGGAGGAACAGUGCUUAGGAUCAAGUCAGCUGCUGGGCGAAAGAAAGCCUUCAACACUUGCAGCUCGCAUCUAAUUGUUUUCUCUCUCUUCUGUGGUACAAUCAUAUACAUGUACCUCCAGCCAGCAAAUACUUAUUCCCAGGACCAGGGCAAGUUUCUUACCCUUUUCUACACAAUUGUCACUCCCAGUGUUAACCCCCUGAUCUAUACACUAAGAAACAAAGAUGUUAAAGAGGCCAUGAAGAAGGUGCUAGGGAAGGGGAGUGCAGAAAUAUAGUAAGGGGUGAUUAAACUUUGGGAUUGUAUUUUGACCCAUCUUCUAUAUAUGUUGUUAGACCUAGCAAAUAUAGGAAUGUUUUGGCAUUGCAGGCUGAAGAGGCAUUUAAUGAG